AUGAUUAAUGAGUUGAUCCGUUUACACUGAAACAGGUUUUGGUUUGACUUUUAACAGAAGAAUUUAUUCAUUCCUUUAACUGCACUGUGAAGUUUGAAAGCUUCUCCCUUUUUUUCUGGGGUUUGUUUAUAUUUUGGUGUGAAUGUGAGUUCUUGGUUCGAAUAUAUUCGGAAUGAAAUUGAAUUUGUUUUCUUCCCAUUUUGAAAUCUAUGGAUGAAUUUACUGUGUUUUAGAUGCUUUUUGCUGUUUAAGCUCUAGUGGUUUAGGUGCAUAGAAUCUAUGCUAAAGAUGGAUCUUUUUAUAAAAGUGUGGUUGUAACUGGAUAGAUCUGUGAUUGUGGAAAGAAUUUGGCUGUUUGCUUUUCUUGCUUCUGCUUUCUCGAGUUCUUAAGGCCGAGAGGGCAGACGUUGUGUAAGAGAUAUUGUUUAGAGAAGUUAACAAAAUCUAUCUGAAGAUGCUUUAGCAGAACUUAUGUUUAAUCUGCAAACUGUUUCUGAAGAUUGUAUUGUCUUUCACUGAAGCCUUGUCCUUUUUUUAUGCUUUCAUAUGGUAAUACGUAGUGUGUGCUUCGUCGUUUGUGGGACAGAAUACCAAGAUGUCGAACUACACCAUUGAUAACUUGAUAUGAACACACAUCCUUUGCUGUCACUUGCUGUUAUCAUAGAAAACCAUAUAGUUUUUCUUAUCUCAAUUGCUGGUAAAUUUGGAUUCUCGCUUUUAGAUGUGGCCUCGUUGUAGUCCUGUGGUGGUGUGAUCUACAUUCUCGUUGUGUUCUGAAUUUCAAGGAAAUAUUAGGCAAGAACCAGUAGCUUAUAUACAAGUACAACAGUUCUUAUGCCCCUACAGAGUUCGAAGUGAACUUCCCAUGAUGUUUUAGUCGGAUUACUUGUAGCUUCCUUGUGUUCAGAAAUUUGUUUUUUUGGCACUGUGACCGUUCGACUGGAGUGAAGUACCGGUGAAACAUGACUACUCAAGGGAACGUACAAAUUCGAUUCGUUAAAUGCCCAAGGUGCCGGAAGAUUCUACCAGAGUUGCCAGAGCUUCCAAUGUACAAAUGUGGAGGGUGUGGUAUUACUCUCCAAGCUAAACGACGAAAUCCGGAGACUAACCACACUGAAUUACCCUCACAAGAAACAGUUCCUGCAGAAGAAGGCCAACAGGAUAAUGUUUCAGGAGAGAUGGAAGGCAGAAGCUCAAAUGCUGAUUUAACUGAUUCUCCUAAAGUUGAAUCUUCGCCAGAUGAAGGCGAGAUACGACGUCUAGAUGAUUUUGACAACUCUGUGAAACUCUCUCACAGCAGAGAUGCUCUCUCUGGUUCACCCGACAUUACUAGUCCUCGGGAUGAAGGUUUUUCCUCAGAAGUUCGAGCAUCUUUCAGAAACAGCAGAAGUGCUGAAAGACAUCGAGGCAAAUCUGAAGAUGAACAUGUCGACUCUGUGGAACUCUCUCACAACAGAGAUCCCUCCGACUGUCUUCCUGGUUCACCUGACAUUACUAGUCCUCAGAGUGAAGGUUUUUCCUCAGAAAUUUUCAGAAACCUCCCGUUGGACAGAAGUCCUGAAAGAUAUCGAGGUAAAUCUGAAGAUGAACGUGACGAUUCUGUGGAAGUCUCUCGCGAAAGAGGUGCUUCGGAGGGUCUUUCUAGCUGUAAAACUUCUCCCAAAGAAGUUAAAAAAUCAUCAGAAAAAACUCCUUUAGACAGAAGCCCUCAAAAACGUCGAAGCAAUGCUGAUGACCAUGAGGAAUGGACUGCCGGUUCAAACUCUUUGGAUGGACUACCUAGCUCGGGUGAGAUCAGUCUCGAGGCUGAAGUAGCAUAUACCCUGGAAGCCAGUGAACAUGUAGAGCAAAUGAAAGACGGAGAAUCAGACCAAGUUUGGACAAAAGGCGACGGCCUUGUUGAUGAAGUUCAGAAUUUGCCUGAAUAUGAAGGUCAAGAGAGUGGCUUGACGGAGAGGAUUGAGGAAAACAAUGCUCUGCCAGAAAAUGAAGGAACGACUCGGACCUUCUUAAACGAUGAAUCUAGUGGCGAAAUUAACCAUGUCGGACCAACUUUGCCUUCUGCGAUGAUAUCUCAUGAAAUCAGCAUUGCAUCAACAUCAGCUGAGGUAGCUGGUGAUGGCUCCAGAGGCCUUCCUGUUCCUAAAAUCCCAAGUACUGAAAGGAGCAUGAGUCCUAAAGCCAGUGCUCCGGUUCACGCUCCUAGGAGCCCCUCAAGAGGGAGUCUCGUGUCAUUCUAUCUUACGACUGAUGAUGAACAGCUCGAUGGUUCUCCAAGAGAAGUUGCACGUACGUUUGAGAGAUUUAACUCUACAGACACACUAGGAAGUUCACAUCUCGGUGACCAUAGCUCCGAGCUCAACUUUAGGCAUGGACCCGCGGCUUUUUAUCAGAACAGCAGGAGCUACUAUGCUUAUGAUGGUAGUGAAUCAUCUUAUGAUGGAAUUGAUGAUCAAGUCCGCGAACAUUUUUCACAUCCCUCGAGAAAGGCUAACGAUGUGGGACAUAUCCGAGCCAGAGAAAAGCUCAGAAAUGGUGGAUUUAGUGGGAACAGCGUGGCGAAGAGUGAAGCUGAGAGGGCUUAUCGGGCAACUAGUCCCUUGAGCCGUGAAACGCACAUCCCUUGGCACAGAGGUCAGAAUAGGACGAGACUCGAUUCACAAGGAAAUGUCUCGAGAGCGCCAUUCCCUUCGAGAGAUCACACUGCUGGCCGCAGACCUCCAGUUCAUCGGCAUAAUUUGCUUCCACCCCAUCCAGCUUUCAACUUACCCGAAAAGUCUUCAUACACGGAUCCAGAGAAAAUCGAUCUGUUGAGAACGGUACAUCAUCUGAAGGAUCAGCUUGAGAGGAUGCAAUUCAAUGCUCUUCCUUACUUAGCAGCUGAGAGGGAAAUGUAUGCAGAUGUGAGUCAUUCAGGCCCAUGCAACAGACGAAACGAUCAUGCCAAAGGUUAUGGUGAAAGAUACAACGAGCGAAGAAUGGCUUUCUCGGGCGAGGCUGCACAUUUUCGACACCAGGCUAGCUGCUCUUGUUUGCACUGCAAUCAGCAAGAUUGGCAAUACCGUAAAAAUGGCCACCGUGCCAUCCACGCUGACCAUAACUGCUGCGGUAGCUCCAACUCCUCGAGCCACCACCGUUACGCCAACUCUGAGCCCUCCUCAUGGGGCCGUGAGACAAAGCCUGAAAGGCUUGAUGAGAUCAGACGGUUGCACUUGAGGGAGAAAUACAGCACAGCCAAGAGGCGCCUCCGUCCCAUAGCCGGUGGAGCCCCGGUUCUCACUUGUUACCAUUGUUCACAACUGCUCCAGCUGCCAGUGGACUUUCUCCUAUUCAAGAAAAGGUAUCAUCAGCUGAUGUGCAAUGCUUGUCACAAGGUUAUGAAGUUUUCGGUCGUAAAGGGAAAUCAUCUCGUUCCAUACGUUGCUGAUGCCCGUGCGCCUCCCCCUAGUGAGGCCGGUGACUACAGUGGUGGUAACAUCCGGAGAAAUAUGGAACCGGUGCCCCAAUCUAUCUCCUGCAAACAUGUUGAAUCUGUAUCGUACUCUGAUGAGUACGGGCGGUCAUUCUGUAGAAGCUGCUCCACCGAGGGAGAGGCCUCAGCUGAUGGAGCCAAGGGAGACUCGUACGACAGAAAGAUGUCGUCUGGAGGCGGUUAUUAUGAGGAUCGGAAGCUGAAAGGUGUCUCAAAGGAAGGUGGUGAAUCAGCUGGUCCUUCAUCAAGAAGUGUGGCUUGGAGGAAUGCGACUACAUCGGUCUCGGAGAUUGAAGAGCUGCCGCCAUUGUCGAAUUCUCCACUGCAUCGGCUAAUGGGGUAUUCGACACCGAGCAAAGUGUUCAAACGAGGAUGAGUGUGAGCUGCUAUGUGAUGUGUUGUUUGUUGGCUAUAUUGCUAUAGUGUGUUUGAGUCAUACUAGUAUAGUUAUGAAAUUGGAGGGAUUAUGUGUAUAUGUUUUGUCUCUAGUAUAUUGCAUUAUUUAUUUA